CUGACACUGAGUCUGUGUGUCAUCCUUCUCUUCCUCCCUCCCUCCUCCUUCUCUCUCCCUCUCUAUCCAUCGCUCCGAGGACCAGAGUGCCUGCAGACUUGUUUCUCUCUCCCUGGCCCACUCCCCCCUCCCUCGCCUCCUCUCUUUCGCUCUGUCUCUCUCUCCAUCUCUACUCUGGCUCGCCUCCCUGCUCUCUCUUUCUCUUUGCACACACAGUCAACAAAAGCGAGGUCAGAGGAGAGGGAUGAGGGUAUAACGAAAGAGAGGAAGAGGAGGAAGAGCGAAACCUUGGAAGCAGUGGAAAGACUAGAGAAACAUCAAGUUUGGAAAACCAUUGGCAUCCUCUCUCUUGAGUAGUUCUGAUCUGUGUUCUUAUUGGAGGAGAGAAGUAAGAGGUCAGAGGUGAAGGGGAAGUGUUAUGUGUGAGAAACUCAGCAUGCUGAAUCUACAGAACACCUCCAGCUGGACUGGGCCAAACAACUGGUACCAUCAACCAACACAGCACGAUGGCUGUGUGGUGGAUGAUGUGAGCGUGCGGAUGGUGGGAGGAGGAGAAGGAGUGCAAAGAGAGAGGGAUGAGGUAGAGGACGCCCAGCAUCACCUCCAGCUGAAGAGAAAGCUCCAGAGGAAUCGCACCAGUUUCACCCAGGAGCAAAUUGAUGCGCUGGAGAAAGAGUUUGAACGGACACAUUACCCAGAUGUCUUUGCCAGAGAGAGAUUGGCAGCUAAAAUCGACCUUCCAGAGGCUCGCAUUCAGGUGUGGUUUUCCAAUCGGCGAGCUAAAUGGAGGAGGGAGGAGAAGUUGCGCAAUCAGAAGAGGUCAGGCGGCGGGACUUCCUGUUCUCAGGCACAUGCCCCCCUCAGCACCUCCUUCAACACAGGUGUCUAUCACUCUCACCAUGGUAACAGCUCAGCCUCGAUGCACAGUCGCAGUGACAACUCUCUCUCAAGCUACGGCUCUCUCUCAGUCUUCUCCAAUAUGCAGUCGUUGCCCCCCCAGUCCACUCCCUCUUACCCCUGCAUGCUCCCUCCCUCCCCCCUCCUCCCCCUGCCCCGGAAGUUUGACUCCCUCUCUUACCCCUCUCCUCACCUACCUCCCCCUCACUCUGCCAGCUCCAACACAGGAUAUCUCUCUCCUGGUGUGUCGGGUAAUGAGCAGGACUUAGGUCAGUACUGGACCAGACUCCAGUGAGAAUAACACAGUUACGGCAUGACACUAGACCACCACCAGACCUGCCAGUAUCUGAAGAUCCACCUAUUCUCUGUGACAGACUAAGAUACCCAAACACCCAAUCCGUUACAAUCCAAAGCGAUUACAAUCAGUCGUUCUAAUAAUGACAAAACGACCAAAAAAAGUAUCAAUGACCUACCACAGCCAAUAACAAUCAUGGAUGGCCUUGGAACCACCAAUGACAAUCUAGUAUGGGCCUGAAGCAGCCACUGACAAUCAAGUAUUGCUACUGGACUAUUAAUUACAAUUAAGCUUGAUCUCAGCGCACCAGGCAAUCAAAUGAUGAACUGAAACUGGAUCCCAGCAGAUUCACUCACUCCUUCACUCACUCACUCAUUCCUUUUGAUGUUUGUUCAGAUCAAACAAGACAAUCAAGCAUUGAAAUGAAAUCACCAAUCAUAGUCAAGCAUGGAUUUCAUUUAACCAAUGACAGUCGAGCAGGGAUUAAUGCAACCAAUGACCUAGGAGAGUAUAAGACAAUCAAAAACCAAUACUAGUGAAUAAGGACGUUACUGUGAUGCCAUAUUUUUGUCCUCUCUCCCUUCCUUUCUGUCAAUCUGACUUUUGCAAUCUUACCCCUUUUAAAAUCCCUUCCCUCAUCUGUACAUUUAGCACUGUGUGUGUGCGUGCGUGUGUGCGUGUGUGUACGUGCAGACAUGAGUGAGUGUUUGUAUGUGUGUAGCUGCAUUUUGUGUAUGUGUGUGUCUUUAAACUGCUAAUCAUUUUAGUGUACUCCCUUUUUGUGAAACUGUUUGAACCAAGAAUAAAAUUCUAAAUGUGAA